UCUAUUCUGCAGGACGACUACUACUCAAUUGGUCUCGGGUGCUCACUGGUGUCGGAAUUACGUAACGUUCUGUGGUGGAAUUUGGCUCUAGCUGCGUUGGUUGGAGAAAUUAUUGACCGUUCAGUCAACUGGAGGUCCGGAGUACGAGGUGAGGAGGACAUUCUUGUUGAUUAGUGGUUAUUGGUUCUCCUGGCUGCUGUAGGAUACUUCCGAGUGUUCGGAAGAAACAGUGCCGUUCCGACACUGCUGCAGCGCUCAGUCUGAGCUCUUUGUAUGGAUUAGUGACGGGCAAAAAGGUUGAUUUGUUUUGUGCAGUAAAAAGUUGGAAAAUCCCUGGAAUUUUGUAUACUUUGUGCUUGGAUACAGCCUCCGUUGGAUUCUUCCGGAAGAAACCCGCUCGGUAAAAGUUGUGAGAUAUUUAUGUGUAUACGGUACGAGAAUCUUCCCUUGCGCUAGUGGUCUCAAAGUGAAAACAGUGAAGAGAUCUGAGUUUACAGGUGAAACAAUAAAAAUAACAGCUACCAAUACCUUCAGCGCCGUCAUUUCGGAGGAAGAACAAAAUGGGUUUUGCGUUUAAGCUGCUGCUCCUGUUGGCCAUCGUCGGCGCGUUCGUUGUGGAUGCCAAGAAGAAGCCGAACAAAUACGGCGAUGGCGAUUUCGAGUUUGUCGAUGAGGAUGAUAAAGACAUCCAACAGAUGGACUCAUCCCUCCAGCAGAAGCUACAACAGCAGCAGAUCCCAGAGAAGAAAAAAUGGAUUCACGAUCCUUCCAGUGAUCUGUGCAAACCUCUCAACUGCAAGAAAAAAGAACUUUGUUUGCUAGAGGAUGCCUAUACAGCAGUUUGCGUGUCGAAAAAGGAACUGCAUAAGAAUAAAUUUAUCAACAACUAUAAUACGCUCUCUAACAGGGAGGAAAUCAUCACCAAGAGUAAAUAUCUUGAAGAGGAAGAAGCCAAACGAAAGGCCGAGGCAGCCGAACAGCCUGGCCUGAUCGGAAGCGUAAGCAGUAGCGUUAACGGAGCUGAUUCCGGCAUUCUCACAAACCCCGGUGACAGCAGCAGCAGCAGCAGCAGCAGCAGUAGCAGCACAAGUGGAGCCAUUAGCAACAGCGGCAGCGGCAGUGACAACAGCGGUAGCAGUAGUAGCGGUAGUAGUAGCGCUCUGAAUGGUAACAGUAAUAAUAGCGGCGAUGAGUUGCUGCAACAGGAUCAGGAAGACCCGGAAAACGAGAGUUCCUCGCAGGACGAUGAUGUUUUCUACGAUAGCGAUGGUGGUGAGAAGGAAGAAGAAGACUGCAAGCCGUGUCCAGUGGUGAAACCAACCUUCCUUUGCGGAAGCGAUAACAGGACGUACUCUUCGCUGUGUCGACUGGAGUAUCACAAUUGUAUCCACGGAAGUGAAGUUAAAGUGAGCUGCAAAGGGUUCUGCCCAUGCAAAGAUGCCAGCUCGACAGACCUGAAGAAGCAGCAGCGGAUGGCCGAUCGAAUGAACGCAUUCAACGCCAAGUACCAGCGGACCAUCGAAAGCAACGACAUCAACGGAGGCGGAGCGGACGGAAGCGCGAGCUCUUCGAGGAGCAGCAGCAGCAGCAAGUUGAAAGAGGAGAAAAACCGCCAUUACAAUCACAUCAACUCGCAGUAUACGUUCACCCCGGAGGAUAUAAAAUAUGACAACAAGCACUACAAAUACAUUAAAUACACAACCUACAAAAAGUCCCGCCAGCAACCUCAGUACGAUUCAUUCGGAGGAUCAUCGUCCAGCUCGUCCGGCCAGUCGAGCUCGGCUGUAUCACGAGCAAGCGAGGACAAGCACAAAAUUCGGGGCUACAACGAGGUUCUCGACAAACCGGUCAGCAAACCCCCAAAAUCAACCAACAGCGCUGCACGCUAUCCAACUAAAUCAAUCGAGUGCAAACCACAGCAGCUGACCGCGAUUGGCAACCGACUACUGGACUGGUUCUCGGUGAUAAUGGCAGACAGCAAGAAACGCCGCCAGCAUCAGCAGCAGAAGAACAAGAUUCACUUCCCGGCCGCCUGCAAACUCGAGGCACGCUGGAUGUUUGGCCAUCUCGAUCUGAACAAUGACGGUGAGCUGUCCUCCCAGGAGCUGUACGACUUGGAGCAUGACAAGAACGAACGCUGCAUCAAACCAUUCAUCGACACCUGCGAUCUGGACCAGGACAACACGAUCGAUCCCCGCGAAUGGUGCCGUUGCUUUGAGAAAACCGACCGUCCGUGUGCUGCCGUUCGAAGGCGAUUGGGCAAUGAUUUGAGUGGCUCAGGAUAUGCCCCGGAUUGCGAUAGCCAGGGUUUUUAUAAACCGACUCAGUGUCACCAGGCCGUCGGUGUUUGUUGGUGUGUGGAUGAACACGGUGUUGAGUUUGCCAACACGCGUACACGUGGAAAGCCUAACUGUGACGAAAUCAUUAACAACGCUAACACCCUCACCACUGACGACGAAGACGCUGAGGACUCCGAGGAUGACGAUGACAGCCAAGAAGGAAGCGCCGAUCGUCUACUAGUUUUCUAAAGCGUUGAACCUUGCAUUCCGGCUUGCGUUGUCGCGGAAAGUCCGCCCAAAGCGCAGCAUUCGAUUUUCAUCGACACAUUUCUCUUUAUUUCGAUCAGGAAAAAAGUCAUGUUAUAGUUUUCGCACUCAUUAUUCGAUGACGUUUCAUCAUCGAACAUGUCAUGGUUCGUUUUUUUCUCUCUCGAUAUUAUACUUUUUGUGCAACAAAAUGAAUGUCUCAUGUUGUAAUCGUUAUACUUGAAGCAAAAGAGAAGCAACAAAUAAAAACAAAACUAGAAAUUUCCCGUCCUUCAUUAGCGUCGUGAGUAUUUAUUGUUAUUACGUUAGUAUUUUUGAAACGAAAUAAAAACUUAAUGUGAGUAACAAAAGUUCGAGAAUGGGAAGCGGACCGAAUGAACGCUGUGAGGAAGACUAAGCAACAAACUGAACAAUUAUAUUCAAUCUCGAUCAGUUACAAUAUCAUGAUGAUAAGUUGUAACAGUGAUUCCCAAUGCAAGAACAAACAAAACAAAUCAUGUACAAGUGCUUAAAAUACCGAUAAUUGUUUGAUGUAGUUCAUCCUUCACAAAGCCUAUCAAUACUUCCCGUGGUCCAAAUUCCUCUCGACUUAUCACGUUUAAGUAUUUAUGUUAUUGUGUUACCAAAUAAUGCUACCAAUUAGGAUAAAACCCGAUACCCAUUGAAGCAAAAAAAGAACAAAAAAAAAUAUUGUUGUAAAAAGCCUUAUUUUUGCAAGUAAGAGUACAGUUGAAACUACUACUACUAGUAAAUAGAAGAGGUAAAUCGCAAGCAAAACAUUACACGAAAAUCUUCACUAAUUGUAGUAGAACAUCAGUAUUUAUAUAAAGUUUAAGCAGCAAAACUGAAAGCGAAACAAGACCGCCACUCAAUUUAAAACCAGAACAAAAACAAAACCAAAAAUAUUAAACAUUAUAAAAACAUGCACUGCGCUUUGAAUGUUCGAAGAAUAGAUGAUUGAAGAGUAAAUAAUUACAAAUUGUGAUGUAAACACUGCAUCUAUCUCCACCGCACUACCACCACAACUAAAUACGCAAGUGGCAUUCUUCCACUGACAGUUUGGUUCGCAUCGCUGAGUGCCGUUGCCGGAUUUGCGAAAGUAAAAAAAAAUUCAGUUCAAUUAAUCUAAUUCAACAAGGCUUCCUCCUAGAACAAAAAAAAACUGGUUUUUGUAGAACAAAACACAUCAAAUGCUAUAGAUCGCGAGUAGAGGAUGAAACCAACCAAGUGCAUAAGCUGCAGCAGCUAAGUAAAAAGAGGGAAUAAAAAAAUGCGCGCCACCAUUUAGUAGUUGAGAGCGAAAAUUGGAGAAAAAAAAUAAUGCGCUGAUUUUUUAGGUAAACUACCAAUCCUGCAUUCGAACCAUGAAGCAAAAUUUAAUCGGAUUACCAUACAUUAAUAGAUGAAUUAAGUAAAAUGAAAAAAGUACUAAUUAGGGUCAGAACUCAUAAUGCAAACGAACAAAAAUGAAAUUUGAGAAAGCAACAAGAACAAUUCUCCGUGCAUUCUUUUUUGAUAUGAACAAAAACAACAGGAACUAACAAUUAAAUAGUGAAAUAAAAAGUGAACAGAGAAAUGGAAAAUGCCUGGUAGCAAAUGGAUACGGAUCGAGUGAGCUGGAGUAAAGAUCGAUUUGAAAUGGAAGAAAAGAAAAGCGAGAGAAAGGCAAUCCACACGUUUGACAAUUUAAUAAAAUUAAGCAUUUUAAUGGAAGGAAAACAAAUAAACAUCUGGUAAGAUA